ACCGCUUGUUGUUGGAAGCAGCAGUGGCGCGGGGCUGGGCAUGCGCAGUGGAGUAUCUCUGGUCACGCUGCUGCGUCUCAUUAAUAUUAAUAAGGACAAAGUGAACGCCUGCGAUUGGCUCUCGCUCUGGGUGCCAAUGGCAACAAGCACGCACUCCCGUACAGACAAGCGUGUUUCAUGAGCUAACAUUGAUAAUAUGACAUUGAUAACAUUGAACUUUAGAUAAAUUACAUGUAAUUUAAAAAAAAAUAAUAAUAAAAACUUUGUAAAUUAAAUCAUAUAAAAUGGAAAAGGACUUGUUGGAGCUAAAACAUGAAGAAAGUCCUGUUUUAGAAAAUAACGCACAGGUGGAAAACACUGAAACAACUGACGAUCAAACAGAGACAGCAAGAGCCCCGGUUGAGGAGGAAGAAACUGAACCUCUUAACAUCUCAGAAGGUGUUGAGGAUGAUCUGGUCAAGCAGGGUUCACAGCUGACAGAAGACAAGUCAAUUGCUGAGACAGGUGAACCACAGAUAUCUGAAUCUGAGUUUGGGCAAUAUAUGAUAACAGAAGAAGAGGAUGAAAUAGAGCCCCUUAUAAAUGAGGCCUUGGAGGACACUGAGGCUCCUGAAAUAGUACAUUUCAUUGACGAUCUUCUAUCUCGUGAGGACACUGAGGAGGAAGAGCAAGACGAAGAGGAUGGACAUCCAGCUCCUGACCCAGAGAGUGAGAGGAGCAGCCCUCCGAAUGAAUCAACGGUGCCUUCAGAAGAAGAGAAGACUGGCCUCAACAUCAACACUGCAGAAUAUGUAGCCCUGCUACCUGAACUACAGGCUGAGAGUGAAAAGCUCAGCAAGAUAAACGCUCAGCUGCAGAACAAAAUAGCAGAAUACCUCAGUAAGAAGGCAGGUGAUAAACAUCCCAGACUGGACGGAGAUAUCUCAGACCAGGAGCAGUACCAAAAUUACCUGGAUCUCAUGGAGGAGCUAAAAGUGCAGCACCACGGUGUCUCAGAGCUCCACCAACAGUGGACAGAGGAGAUGCGCCAGCAGAGCUUAGAGAAACUGAAGCAGGUGGAGCAUGAACUGAGAUCUCUAGCUGCACUGAAACAUGAAGCUGCUAUGACAGCACUGACUGGUAAGGUGGGCAAACAGGCAGCACUGGCAAAGGUGGAGAAGCUGCAGGCAGAUGAACUGAAGCAGGAAGACAAGCUGGCAUCUGUGCGUCUCAACAACAUCAAGCUCAAGAACAAAAUAUGUCAGCUUGAGACAGAACUUAAAUCCAAGCGUGAGCUUGCUGAUGGUUUGCUGCUGAUGGACUUUGAGCAGCUCAAAACAGAGAACCAGACGUUUAAAGACAAGCUGAAGGAGCGCAGUGAGGAGCUACUUAGGCUCAAAAGGAAGGUCGCCUGCUCUGUGCAGGGCAUUUCCCAUGUGAAAGAGAAGCUGCAUUUCAUGCAGAUGGAGAAUAAGGUCAAGCACUCUCAACUGAUGAAGACAGAUGCAUUGGUGGCUCUUAAACGUGAAGUGCUGACACGUACUCGACAGGCUCGUGACGGACUGCGUGCAGACAACCUGAAGCUGCAGCAGCGCUGUGGCCUGCUGGGAAACACCACACUGCUGCAGGACUUUGAGGAGAAGGUAGACACCUCCGAAUUCCUGCAGCAGAGACUAGAGAUGUUGAAGAGACGUCACGCUGAGCUCAUGCUGAAGUGUGCUGGAGUCAAGCAGAAGAUCGAGCAAAGCAAACCAGAGGGACAGUGACAACACAAGUGCACGUGCUUCCAUUCAGUAAUUGAGUUAAAUGCAAUGAAUAGAAUGUAAAUUGACGAAGCUUAUCUUUUGCAAAGCAUUAAAGUUGAUAGAAAAGUGGAAUUGUGUGGAAGUUUGGUGAGAUAUAAUACUUUGAAUUUGUCAUCUUAAAUAGUAUACUUUAAAGGAUGGUGCUGAAGUUUUUAUUCCUAAAUGCAAAGCAGAAGAAAAUCAUGUAUAUGGAUUUUCUGAUCUACUUUAUCAAUAAACAUCGUCAGUAAC